AUUUCCAUCUCACACUAGGAAGAUACGCACCAACAAGCGCUUAAAGGAAGAAAUUGAUUUAAGUUGGCAAGCGCAGCAUCUUUACGUCAGUUAUUCGCAAUGAAGUACGCAAUUAUCCUUGUUCUUGCUGUUGCAGCGAUUGAGUCAACAAAUGGCUGCAAAAUCAAACGUCGAUCAGAGUUUGGAGACGGAAGCGGAGAUGAUGGAUAUUAUUGCGUUUGCGAUAUGACGUACUGCGAUGAAGCUCCGAACGUGAGCAAGACAACCAAUUACUCUAAAUAUUUCCUAAUAACAUCUAGCAAAAGUGGUUUUCUCUUUCACGUAUCAAACGGUAUAUACAAAAAGUCUAAAACGAUUGACAAAUCAGCUCCAUUGGGAAAGAUCACUAUAAAUCGAAAAGAUGUAUACCAAGAAAUCUAUGGAUUUGGUGGAGCUGUAACUGAUUCAGCGGCUAUGAACAUUCAUAACCUAACGCUCGAGGUGUCCGAGAAGUUGUUGAGAAGCUACUUUGGUCCGCAUGGUAUCAAUUACAAUUUCAUUAGAACGCCAAUGGGUGGCUGUGAUUUCUCAACGAGACCUUAUACUUACGCAAUGGUAGAAAACGAUACUUCGCUUCAUCACUUCGAAUUGCAAGUAGAGGAUAAUCUUUUCAAGAUACCGAUAAUAAAACGAGCUCAAAAAAUAAAAAAAGGGAAAAUUAAAUUGUUGACUGCACCAUGGAGCGCCAGUCUUUGGAUGAAAACUAAGAACUCUUGGACGCUUGAUGGUAAAUUACGUCCAGAAUAUCGACAACUAUGGGCAGAUUAUUUCGUAAAAUUUUUUGAGGCUUAUCGUCAUAAUGGUUUAGAAUUCUGGGCUACAACGCCUCAGAAUGAGCCAGAAAAUUACAAGUAUAUUUCGCUAACUAAUAAUAAUACGCUUAUCAACGCAAUGGCAUGGACAGCCGAGGAAGAACGUGACUGGAUUAUCGAUAACUUGGCGCCAACCUUAAAGAAAAAUAAUUUCGGACAUAUCAAAAUCUUCAUAAUGGAUGAUACCAGACUAUCGUUGCCUGAUUGGCCAAAAAUAGUAUUUAAAGAUAAAAGAGCAAAAGAUAUUGUUUCUGGAACUGCGGUCCAUUUUUAUUUUGAUCAUUUUAUCAGUCCGAGUGUCUUGGAUGAAAUAAAAGAGCUGUUUCCAGAACACUCAAUAUUAUACACGGAAGGUUGCGCUGGAGUUUUCGAAGACCAAAAAGUGAUACUGGGAUCAUGGAAACGUGCCGAAUUGUACGCAGCGAAUAUUAUUGAAAACAUGUCGCAUUGGGUGUCCACUUGGAUCGAUUGGAACAUUGCUUUAGAUACGAAUGGUGGACCUAAUUGGAUCCAAAAUUUUGUUGAUUCUCCAAUAAUAGUCAAUAGCACUGCCAACGAAUUCUAUAAGCAACCGAUGUUCUAUGCAAUUGGACAUUUUUCAAAGUAUGUCCCACCUGGCAGUAAGAGAAUUGGCAUAAAAUCGAAGAAUAUCGCGAAUAUGCGAAAGGUUGCAUUUUCCACGUCUGAUGGCGGUAUCGUAUUGGUGAUCUUAAAUCUGAACGAAGAGGACAAAGAAAUUUUGAUCCAGGAUCCAGAGAAAGGAACAACAAAGCUAAAAAUCCUUGCAAAAUCCUUAAAUACCAUGAAAUAUUGGUGA